AUGGACGAAAUUUAUGAAAGUAAAUUAAUGCGUUAUAGACGUAUUGAAAAUAAUAUUAAAAAUUUUGAAGAAAAUGAAGCAAAAACAAAUGAAUCUAUGGAAGCUAUUCGUCGUAAAUUAAGAUCUGAUAAUACAAGUAUUGGCCCUGCAAAUGAUUUACUUCGUUUUCUCUAUAUUCUUGAACAACAAUGUCAAUCUGAUGAUAGUGAAACACAAGCAAAAGCUACAGAAGAUGUUUUAGAAUAUAUUAAUCAAUUUCGACAACCUGAUGAUGAUGAUGAUGAUGAUGUUGAAGAAGAAGAAGAAGAAGAAGAAGAAGAAGAAGAAGAGGAAGUAGAUGAUGAUGAUCAACAACCAAAUCAAUCAAAUGAGUCACAACAAUCUGAAUCAAUAGCUCCUCAUAAUCCAUCACUGCCUGUCGUUAUACCUCCGUUAUCAACAGUUGUACCUCCUUCAGUACAACCGGUAUCAUCUGUUAAACCUCAAUCACCAUCAUUACCACAGCCACACCCCACACCCUCGGUGGAUGAUAUUGGUGAUAUUAAAGCAGAUACACUUGUUGAAUAUAAAAGACUAUCAUUGGAAGCUCGUCAAUAUGACAACCGUUAUUCAACAAUAGAUCCUACGCGUAAAAGGCAAUUAGCAUCUUGCAUAAAAAGUAUUAUGAAUAAAUUGCGUAAAGAAACAUUUCAUACAUUAACAAAUGAAUUAUUCGAGUUUUUAAAUGGACAAGAAAAACAAGUCAGUAAUCAAAUAAUUUGUAUAUCAAAUGAAGACGAACGUUUAUUAUGUUUAUCAAUGCUUGCGACACUUAUUCUUGCACAAUUACUUGGCGGUGAUCUAAAUGAUAUAAAAACCGAAAUCUUUUUACCAUUAAUUGGUAUUCUUAGUCAAAAUCCGCGACAUCCAGAAUUUCGUAUUAUUUUUCUUGAUCGUCUACAUAAAAAAUGUCCAUAUACAGUACCAUUCUAUCCAAAACGACAACCAACUAUGAAUGAUAAACAAUAUUUAGAAACAAUAGGUUAUAUUGAAAGACAAGAUGGUGAUCAACGUCGUUUGGAAACUGAAACUGAAUUUCUUACUCGAAUGAAUGGACUUAUUCGAUUAUUUUGUAAAUUACUUGUUAGUCGUGGUCCACCAUUUGAUAAAGAUUUAGCAUUUGCAUGGAGAUGGUUUUCUGAUGUUUUAAAUUUACCACCAAAACCAAAUAUAACAUCAGUUUUAAUACGUGUUUUUCUUGAUGAAGCUGGUGAAAUCAUGAUGAAUGUAUAUCGAAUGCAAUUUCCAAAAAUAAUUAACGCUAUUCGAAGGGAGUAUUUACCACGAUUAGAAAAAGAAACAAGUGAUGAUCAAAUAACAAGACUUACUUUAACAUUAGAUAGAUUUACAAAAUAA